CCUAUACAAUACGCCCACCAAUAAAUGGCUGUUCGAAGUGUCAAAUAGUUAAAUAUCAUUAAAUCUAGAGAGAUGCAUUUCUUUUUUACUUUUAGAAAAUUUAGACCAUUUAGAUUUUAAAAUAGGUUUAAUCAUUGCAUUUUUAACAGUGUUCGCAUUUAUACUUAUAUCCAUUAUAAUUCGAUUAAUAUCCGUGUGGUCGUGUUUUGUGGCAACGAUUUUGUGCAAAAUUGGUACUAUGACAAUGGCCACUAACUUCAAAUCUUAAUAGAAAAUUAAUAAAACCUUGAAAAAAGGAGGUUUGCAUCACAGAAGUUAAAAAGAACCUUCCGAUGCAUUUCUGGAUAGAUAAGCGCAGCCAGUGUGCUUACACCGGCCGUCAUAGAGUACCAUCCUCACUCUCCGCUGGACGGGCCAGGGGCCGCGUGUGCGUGGACGCCGCGCUGGGGGCCCGCAAGGGCAUGGCGGCUCCGGUGCACCGGUUCGCGGCCGUCGACUGUCCCUCGCGCCGCCCUCACCGCACACACCGACAUUACGCGCCUCCGCCGUUACCAGCGGUGCAGGCUCGGAGGCAAGACGAUACCAUGUACGUGGAGGUCGGGUCGGAGCCCCCGCAGCCCACCAUCGCUAGUCUGGCGGCUGCGCGCUCCGUCACCCCCGACACCUUACUGAGGACCGCGGCGCUGGGCCUCCACCACACGCCGAUGGUAGCACCCCACCUCAAGUUCGGAAUGCUGGUAUCGUUCGCGCUAGCCACCGUCUUCCUGGCCGGUGCUAAGUAUUACUUCGAUCGGCAAGUGGUACGCGAGCCUGGUGGCGGGGAGGCUGGGAUGGUGUGCGCGGCCGUCGCGUGCGUGUGCGGGCUGGGCUGCGCCCUCACGCUUUGCCGCUCCAAGCCUCAGCCCCUCGUGCUGCCAGAAAGGGUCUCCUCCACCGCGCAAAGGGACCGACCGCCCCCUCCGGAGCCGUCCGACGAUAUCUCGCUGGGUGCAUUACUGCCUCCGGAACGCGGUGUGAAUUCUGGCGUGAGUCUGGAGUCCCCCGAGGCUCCGCCCCCGUACAAGAUAGCGGUGCUGAUGCCUCCCCGCGAGUCUGCGCCCCCGCCCGCGUACACGGAGCUCAGCUAGCUGCAGCCGCGUCCCUCCAGCGAGCUCAUCAUAUAGGGCUACGCGGCUCCGACACGCGGCUGGUGCUACGGGACGACAUCAUGACGACAAUCCCAACGAUCUUAAUAAAUAUAAUU